AUGUUAUGCGUAAAUGAUACGCCUUUAUUCGAUUUGUCAAAUAAUACGACGCGACUACUCCUGGCUGCUUUAGAAGCCUUUCAAAGAGCUUAUUCACCAAUACACGGCUUCAUCUGCAUAGUAAUAUGUACGUUCAGUAUUGGAACAAACCUGAUACACGUAUUGGUACUAACCAGGCCAAAUAUGAGAUGCUCUGCAGUCAACUGUGUACUAACAAUGGUUGCCAUUUGUGAUAUGGGUACCAUGGCAUCGUAUUUCAUAUACAUUUGCCAUUUUGUACUUUUCAAAGAUACUACUUGUAUGCCUAUUUAUUCUUACUUGUGGAUGCGCUAUUUGUCCUGUCAUAUGGUACUUAGCAUCACUUUACAUACCACUUCUCUCUGGUUAAUCGUUGCAAUGGCUUUCAUCCGACAGAUGACUUUGAGAAAUGCUAUCCUCAACAGCAAUUGGCAGAAGCCACAGAUGGCUUGGAAAGUUUGUCUUCUGAUAUACUUCUGUGUGUUCCUGCUCUGUAUACCAACAUUGCUAGUAUAUGAUGUAGUUGAAAUUGGUGACUGGCAUCCUGCACCCCACUGCGCUCAUGAUUUUCCCCCUAAUUAUACUGCUAAAUAUUACACCUUUCAUAUAUCAUCAUCUGCAAUGGAAAAUGGAUGUCGCUUUUUCAAAUGGAAUUUAUGGAUGUCAGGAAUUAUUUUCAAGGUUAUACCGUGCAUACUAUUACUUUGUUUUUCAUCGAGUCUUAUGUUAACAUUACAUCGAACAACUAAAAAGCGCAUGCAUUUGUUAAAAUGCAACUCAACAAAAACACGAAGAGAUGUCAUCAAGUCAGAUCGGACGUCAGUCUUAUUGCUUGCCAUAGUACUGGUAUUUUUGAUCGCCGAGAUGCCACAAGGGAUCAUUGCCAUCAUGAAUGCUAUUUACACCACUCAUGUACAUAUAUAUAUUUACUUCAAUCUCGGCGAUAUCCUCGAUCUUCUCUCAUUGCUUAAUUCAUCCAUUACCUUCGUCCUUUACUGCUUAAUGUCUUCUAGAUACAGAGACACAUUUUGGACAGUCGUGCUACCUAAACACCUUUUCAGCGAGUUUAUCAGAAGGAAAACGUCAAGAAUGCUUCCAUCAGAAAUGCGUUUCAUGCAGAAACAAGUAAAGCGUACCGUCAGUAGUAGCAGUAAUUAUGAAGCGAAAAUCCUGAAGUAA